AUGUCAGAUUUUUUCCAAAACAGUGAUGUUGCAACUGAAAUCCUAUCUCGAUUAUCCACAAAAGACCUCUUGUCUGCUAGAUGCGUCUCCAAAGCAUGGAAUUCUUUCAUUUCCCAUCCUGCUUUUUUGCGUAUCCACUCCCAAUGUUGGACAUGUCCCUCGGCUCUCUUUUUCGUAAUUCGAGAGAUGAACGGGGCUGGUUAUAGGAGUUUCUUUCAUUUAAAGAAGGCUAUCUACAUUGGUUUACAUGACAGUUCCUCUGAAGUGCAGAAUACACUUUUCAGGUUUCUCCCCGAGCGUGUUGUCCUCAUUGCCUCUUCAAAUGGGAUUCUUUGUUGUCACAGCAUGGUUCCCUAUGCAACGAUUAAAAAAUCUCCAGAUGCAUGUUUGGAGCUGUCUAUUGUGAUAUAUGUCUGUAAUCCAGUUACCAAGGAAUGGGUUGACCUUGAGCCAAUUAGAAUAGGUGAUUCUUUGCUUGGAUUUGAGGCAACUAGAAUAAGUAAUACAACUCUGUUUUUUGGAUUUGCGUUCUAUCCCAAUGGUUUUUCAGCUAACAACACUAAACCAUGCUUUAAGUUGGUUGGCAUUCAGAAUUCAAAUGAGCUCUCGAAGUCGAAUCCAAAUGAGCUCUCGAAUUCGUAUUCUUUUCUGAUAUACUCAUCAAUGACAAAGGUAUGGAAAACUUCUGAGGAAGUUUGCUACUGCAAUUAUAAAAUAGAUCAAAAACAUGCGAUCUCUGUUGGUCAUAUGUUUCACUGGUUGACAAUGUCCCACUAUAUCAUCACUUUCGAUGUGGAAAAAGAGCUCUCUGCAGUCAUUAAAUUACCUGGCCCUGAGACGGCAGGUGUGGAGUGUCUGGGAAAUUCUGAAGGCUAUCUCCAUUGUGUCACUGCGACUCUUACCAAGUUUCAAGUGUGGAUCUUGAAAGAUUAUUGCAAGCCCGAGUGGAUGCUCAAGCAUAAGUUAAACCUGGUUGAGUUUUGCAGAGAGCACGCUCAGCUUUUAGGUCACCAUUUGUUGCCCCAAUUGGAAACAUGCGAACCUGAGACAGUCCCAAGUGCUUAUAUGGAACCUUUGGCUUUCCAUGAAGAGGUUCUGUGUAUGCUUGUGAAGCCAGGGAAGGUAUUUUCAUACAGUUUCAAGACUAGAAAGUUGAGUUCUCACUACACAGCAUUUGCAGUGGAUGGUUAUGUUCGAAGAUAUCCAGUAAUUCCACAUUCCGAUUCCUUGACUUCUAUAAAUGUUGCCGAAGGAGACCAGAUUAGUGGGCCAAGUUGA